UCCACUUCUAUUUACUGUCCAAAGUCCCCGGGCCAGGAGAUGCCAGGUUAGAGUGAUCCGAGCACUCAGGACCCAGGCCUGGACCAGUUUCUUCUUUCCGUUGCACCCACCGCCCGCCCAAGUUCUCUGGUUUAACCCCUCUGUGUCCCUAGUACCUGGGCUGCUGCAGGAGCCAGAGCCAGCUCUUCCCACGUUUAACUGAUCAGACUCUAGCUCUGGGCCCGUCAUGGACAAGGAUUUUCAAGACAUCCAGCAGCUGGACCCUGAGGACAAUGACCAUCAUCAGCUCCGCGGUGGUGAGGAGCCUGGCACUCGUGGGCAGAAUCCCAGGAGAGAAGAUCCGUUUUGGAAAGAGCCGUCUGCUCCCCGGACCCUCCCGCAGCGCCUCUGCUCCAGGUUCCGCCUCAGUCUGCUGGCCCUGGGCUUCAACAUCCCACUGCUGGUGGCCAUAUGUGUGAUUGGGUCCCAAAGCUCACAGCUGCAGGUGGAGCUGCAGACCCUGAAGGAAGCUUUCAGCAAUUUCUCCUCCAGCACCCUGAUGGACAUCCAGGCUCUGGGCUCCCAUGGGGGCAGAGCAGAUGACAAGUUGACGUCCUGGGGAGCCCGGCUGGAGAAAAAGCAGCAAGACCUCCAAGCAGACCAUGCCGCCUUACACCUCCACCUGAAGCACUUUCCCGUGGAUCUGCGCACCCUGACUUGUCAGAUGGCGUAUCUCCACAGCAACGGCACAGAAUGCUGCCCCGUUAACUGGGUGGAGCACGAAGGCAACUGCUACUGGUUCUCUCGUUCUGGGAUGACCUGGCCCGAGGCUCGCAAGUACUGUCAGCUGGAGAACGCCCACCUGGUGGUCAUCAACUCUUGGGAAGAGCAGAAGUUCAUCACACAGCACACAGAGCCCUUCCACACCUGGAUCGGCCUCACGGACAUCGAAGGCACCUGGAAGUGGGUGGACGGAACCGAAUACAGGCACAGCUACAGGAACUGGGUUCUCUCUUGGCGAGACCACUGGCGAGGCCGAGAAGUGGGCGGAGACGAAGACUGUGUUGAAAUCUUGUCGAGCGGCUACUGGAAUGGCAAUUUCUGCCAGCAGGUGAACCGCUGGGUGUGUGAGAUGCCUCGGAACAGCACUGGCUAGGAGCCCUGCUCCAGCAGGACCCUGGGCCCGGCCUGCGCCAGCCCAGCCCUCUCCUAAGGAUCUCUGGGAAGCAGCAGCACAGAGCCCUGGCCGCGGGGAGGGGCCGAGGGACCCGGGGAAACUGAGGUCCUGCUUCUUGCAAUUCAUGUAAUUGGUGUCAUUUUCAUCCUCUUCAAUGGAGGAGGAGGAGAAGAAGCAAACACUCGAAACUC